AUGAAGGAGCUGGUGGCCUUGUCAAAGACUUCUGGGGAGAGGAAGGAGUCAAGCUGGGUGCCUUUCAAUAAGAUGAUGAGGCAGUAUGGAUUGCAGGAGCUGAUGAGGAGGAUCCAUAAAGGGACAAUUGCUUGCAGGAAGGCACUUCAUGAUGAUGAUGAGUGGGAGUUCAAACUCAACAAGGCCACCAGCUAUGAAGACACCAGCCACAGCCACACCUAUGAAGGCAGCAAAGCUGGUAAGAUGGAGGCUUGCCAGUGGUUGGAGUUGAAGGCCAAGAGCAUUGGAGGGACUGAUGAGGGCGAUUCAGCUAAGGCAGCCAUUUCCAGGAACCUUGGGAAGAGCCUUACCAAGCAGCUCAAGCUCAAGGACAAGAACAGUGAGAGCCUGGAUGAAGACGAUGAUGAGAGCCAAGGCACCACAGGCCAAGAGAAGGAAGACCCUGAGGAAGCUGAGGCUGAGAUCUUGUCAUCAUCUGGCAUGGCAAAGAGUGAGACAGGCACGAGGAUCAACAGGAUGAAGAAGCUGCUGCUGAAAUUGAAAAAAGAAGGCAGCCGUGACCAGGUGGCCAUCCUCAGCGGCCCCCUCAAGGAGCUGGAGAAGUUUGAGAAAAAGAAGACUUCCAUGGAGGCUGUCAAGGGCAUCCUCUUUGACGCGGCCGUGGCAGUGAAGAAGUACAAGAAGUUUCGGUCGGCUCAGAAGUAG